GAGCAUCAGUCGGACGCACUGACCACAGCAUGCCACAGCGCAGUCAUGACUUGUUCGGCGUCAGAUAGCGAGAAGAUAGUCAUCAACUGCGGCGGCGUCCGGCACGAGACCUACCGGAGCACCCUGAAGACGCUGCCGGGCACGCGCUUGUCUUGGCUGACGGAGCCCGACGCUUUCAGCAACUUUGACUACGACCCCAAGUCCGACGAGUUCUUCUUCGAUCGCCACCCGGCCACCUUCGCCUUCAUACUCAAUUACUACCGCACCGGGAAGCUGCACUGUCCCAAUGACGUGUGCGGUCCGCUGUUCGAAGAGGAGCUCGCCUUCUGGGGGAUCGACGAGACGGACGUGGAGGCUUGCUGCUGGAUGAACUACCGACAGCACCGCGACGCCGAGGAGGCGCUGGACAGUUUCGAGACCCCCGAGCCGGACGCUCCCGAAGAUGACCCGGCGCUGACUGGCGGAGCGGACGGCGACCUGAAGCGCUUGUGCGUACAGGAGGACGGACGUAGGGCGACGUGGUGGGAGGUGUGGCAGCCCUGGAUGUGGGCUCUGUUCGAGGACCCCUACUCUUCUAAAUACGCCCGGUAUGUGGCACUGGCCUCCCUCUUCUUCAUCCUCCUCUCAAUCUCAACGUUCUGCUUGGAGACCCAUGAAGUCUUCAAUACCAUCUACAACAAAACGGAAAACUUCACCUUCAACAACGUUACACAUGAGGAGACAGUCUAUGAAGUGGUGACAGAUGGCUGGCUGACAUAUGUGGAGGGCGUGUGCGUCAUCUGGUUUACCAUCGAGGUGUUGGCGCGUGUGGUCUUCUGCCCUGACAAAGCCGAGUUCUUCCGCAGCGCCCUGAACAUCAUUGACUUUGUGGCCAUCGUGCCCUUCUACCUGGAGGUGGCAUUAAGUGGCCUGUCAUCCAAAACAGCCAAAGAUAUCCUGAGUUUUCUGCGUGUGGUGCGCUUUGUGCGCAUCCUGCGUAUUUUCAAACUGACCCGGCACUUUGUGGGACUCCGUGUCCUCGGUCACACCCUGAGAGCCAGCACCAAUGAGUUCCUGCUGCUCGUCAUCUUCUUGGCUCUGGGCGUCCUCAUCUUUGCCACGAUGAUCUACUACGCUGAACGCAUCGGCGCAGACCCAGAUGAUCCCACGGCUGCCGCUCACACUGACUUUAAAAACAUCCCGAUUGGAUUCUGGUGGGCGGUGGUGACCAUGACCACACUAGGCUACGGAGACAUGUUCCCUAAGACCUGGUCUGGAAUGCUGGUGGGGGCUCUCUGUGCCUUGGCAGGUGUGCUGACCAUCGCCAUGCCUGUGCCUGUCAUCGUCAACAAUUUCGGUAUGUACUAUUCACUCGCCAUGGCCAAGCAGAAGCUGCCAAAGAAGAGAAACAAGCACAUCCCUCGAGCUCCGCAGCCCGGCAGUCCCAACUACUGUAAACCAGAUGCCCUCGCCAUGGCAACCGCAUCACCCCACAGGCUGAUGGGAAACGUACUAGGGCCAGGCAUGAUGGGCUCAGGAAACAUGCUGGGGACUGGAGACUGUCCACUUGCACAGGAGGAGAUCAUCGAAAUCAACAGAUCGGACUCCAAACAGAACGGUGAUGCCGCAAAUGCAGCGCUGGCUAAUGAGGACUGCCCCACCAUUGACCAGGUUCUUGGUGAUGAACGGAGUCCUGCGACAGGCGUGCUAGGUUCGACCACAAGCCACGAGCGCUACCCUCAUGACCGGGCCUGUUUUCUGCUGAGCGCAGGGGAAUUUCAGAGGGUGACGGACGGGAACGUUCGGAAAGCUACAGGUUAUGAGAAGUCACGCAGCUUGAAUAACAUCUCUGGGAUGACGGGCGCUCCGCUUCGCCUCACUCCCAUGACCGACUCUCCCUUCCAACCCUUUGAGCCUCCAAGCCUCAGACGCUGCCACUCCCCCAUCCCAUCCAUCUUGUAAUCUGGAUUUGUGCUCAUCAUUCUUAGGAUUAUUUUUAAACCAAUCCCAAGCUCAAAUGGUCAUGAAGCCAGAAGAACAAUAACAAAUACAUUUGAAUAAAUACAUAAAUAACAAGCCUUGCUAACAGAGAUCGUGUCAAGAUAGAGUCCAGGUUCGCAUGGAUCAAUAGUUGCUACUAUCAGCGUUCAAUUAUUAUUCAGAGAAACCAUUCAGUGUUGUUUCAAUGCACCCAAGUGCAGACCGAUGAAAACAGAACACUUAAAUCUGCAUGUUUCACACUGAAAAUCUAUUCAUCUGCAUCUGCUCAGCAGCCUCUGAAUGGUGGGAAUAUUGGUCAUUAUUUGUUGAAUGGUAGGAUUUUGGAUACAGUACAGAAACACACGCAUGUCAUUUGGCUCAGAAGUUCCAUUCACAUUCUCUGGUGCCUUUCAUGCUCAUGUGGCUCAAUGGCCCUGCCCAUAUCCACUGGGCCAUUUUCACUGAAACCAUUCUCUCGUCCAAUAAUAAACUUCAAAAAUUCUGCAGGUCAAAUGGCAGAUGACGUGAUCAUUUAUCAACAAGCUCUACGUUGAUCCACAAGUUUAUGUCCUUUUCAUGGAGAUUGUAGGAAGCUGCUGGAGGAUGGAUUUGGGUGGCGGGAUUAUGUUAUUUUGAUCAAUAUUGUAAACACCAUUAUUACUCACUCUUUAUGUUUUUUAUGACGUAGCAGAAUCUUGUUACCUCAAAACAAAUGUAACUAUCCAGAAUUUUAAUAAACAAUAAUUAAGGCUAGCCAGAAUAUCAUAUCUACCAAGGACUAACACAAAAAAAUGUGCUGUCACAUAGUCCCGUCAUAAAGUAGCAAAAUGACUAUCCACAGAAGGGCAACGUUGGUAUUUAUUUAAACAAUUACGUUUUUAAACAUUUACCAGAAUUUGGGUUAAAACAAACAACCCUUGAAAACUCAAAAUAAAUAUAAAAUAGAAUAUAAUAUGUGCAAAAAACAGAUAAAGUAUGUACAAUGUGAGCUGUAAACAGUGAUAAUAAGGAACCAUAGUGCAAACAACCCUGAGAAUGUCAAGCUCUGUCAAGCUUGCAAUGUGUAGCAGGUGUUAUGCAGGUAGCUCUCUCAAAGGCAAUGGUUUAUAUUUACUUCCAUCCGGCUACUGCUCCUUGAAACGGCAGCAAACCAAGUCCGCAUCCACCACACACCACCUUGAUACAGGGGCAGGUAAAAAGACAGUGACUGACAGGUUAUUCAUACAUAUAUAUACAGAUGUGUUCAGGGUUGCAGGGAGUGCUGGAGCCUACGUUGUAUUGAAUGUGAAGCCUCUGUAGGGUGCAAGAGAAGGUUUGAAAUUUGCCUUGACUGAGAAAUCACCAAAAUUGUGAUCAGAAUUCAAUUGUGCAACCCUAUGAUGCAUGACGUAUUAAAAUGCACCACGUAAGAAGUCAUUCGCCUUUAUCCUGAAGCCUCACCCUUCAAAAAUGUAUAAUUCCAGAAUGUAAACUCGGAGUGGUCGAAGUCUAGUUUUGCAUGUAGGGAUGAAGACCAAAUGUCCGCCAUAUAGUUUUCUCCAUCUGUCAGAAGAACUUAUGUUCUUUUUUAUGUUUUUUAAAAUAAGAAAUAACUGGUGUGAAAAAGGUGAGGCCCAGUUUUACUUGUUCCGUAUGUGACCGCUGAAGUAAUCUGAAGAAUAAGCUGUACAGCAGUGAAGUCAUCUUCAGGGAAAUGAUCACUUUUUAAAUGCAAAUUCACACCUAUGAAGGAACAGAGCAGAUGAAUCUGCGCAAGUUAAUACAUCUUAUUUUAUGCAUAUACUUUAAAGUGUUAAGUGGCAGAAUAACCAGGAUUUGAAACUUCACCGGAUCUGUCUCUCAAGCAGAAUGCUGGAGUUUGACGGGUUUAGUUCUCCUCAUCUCUCCAUGAUCAGCUUCAUCACUGUUUUCAUCCUAACAAUGUGAUUCAGUAGCUUCUAGCAAAAUCUUUUAGUUUUUGGCUUCUCUUUCUUUCCCUGUUGUUGACACUCCUUGACCACAACUGUCCUGCCACCACCCUACCCCUUCCAUCCUUCCUCCACCCAUCUCUUUUUUUUGUUGACUGGCUGUGGCCACUCAGUAGGGGGCCCAGUCAAUGGCUACUGGAGCGACAGCCCUUGGUAGUGGAGUGGUGAGAAGAUGGACGUGGCAUGCUGCGAUGGAGGACGAGCAACGCCUGAAGAUAGACAGUGCAACAUGUCGAGAAGAUGGACAUUGAACCCUUCAGGCCAUUAUGAUUUUGUGCUUUCAUGUCUUCUCCCUCUUCCUUCUACCUCUGUGAUGAUACUAACAAUACUAAAAAAAAAAAAACCUCCGCUUUUUUGCUGGUGCUGCUGCUGCAAAAAAGCCACGAUGAAAACAAAAGUUUAUCCUUUUCGCUCUAAUGGUUUUAACAGAUGGCAGUUUUUCAUGGAUAUUGUGGCUCAGAAACAUCACUCUAUGGCCAGAGGAGGCACACUGUGAUAUCAAUUGUCUUUCGGAAUCAGAAGCAAAGAAAGAAAGUGUGUUUCUGGACAUUUCACCUCAACCUGACUAUUUGGUUAACUCACCCAACUUUUCUUUUCCCGGAUCAAGACUUUUGCGAGGAUCACAAACUUGGAACUGUCAUCUCUGAGCUUUCUCCAAAAAAAAAAAAAAUCUAUUUUUCCAGUUAAUUGGUUGUCUAUAAUUUGGGUUGUUUUCUUUUUUGUUUUUCGAGCUGAACAUAAUGGUAUUUGCUCUUAUAACGGAUGGUUGACUACCUGUGCUUGACUAAUGGUUAGUCCCUUGUGAUGGCCCUCUGUUGGACUUUCAUUGUUCACAUCCUCUUGUAUAUUUGUAAACACUGACACUGGAAAUGACUGCAUGGGUUUACAUUGCAAGCAAUAAGUAAAAUACUAGGAGGAGACUGAAGAAAUUCCAUUCGCAAAGGAAAAUACGUAGUACUACAGUGUGUGCAGCACAUACACACUUGCACUAACAAAGCAUGCAGGUGAAAAAAUUCCUGACAUGGAAUGCAAGUAGAGUUGGACUGGGCUGACGUAAUGCAUGGUAAAUGCUUCCAUAUAUAGGUACUGUAUCAGGGCGGAAGAGGGAGGGAAAGUUUAUUUUUGCAGGAUUGGGAGGGGAAACAUUUCUAUGAAAGUCGCAUUGUAUUGCUGCGUUCAUGCCGAUCUUGAGCUAAUCGCAGCUUUCCAUUUCCUUUGGCAGAGGUUUAGAGAACCGUUCUGGAAACCUGUGCUUGGCAGAAAUAUAUAUGCAAGAAGAAGCAGCAACUGUGAGCCAAUGUAAUAAAGAGUCAAUCCAUAUUGUCCACCAAUGUCUCUCAGAGAGCUUCUCCAAAGAUGGCUCUAUGUUGAGAUCUUGAACUCGUGUUGAGGGAUGGAAACCUCUGCACAUGAUGUCUCUUCAGUACAACCCUGUAAGUGGUCCACACACAAAACCACUCAUUCCUCUCUGUUGUUACAUUUUGCUGUGUGAUAUUAUUGACUUGAUGCACACAAACUUGUUGAUGUAUAAUUGACAAAUGCAGAAACAGUUUUCAUCUUGACCAGUCACACAGGUAAAGAAGAGCAAAUUCAUUUGUGUGUGGAGUCUUUUGGGUGGAGUUUUUAUUUCGGAUUCUACUGCAGUGCUCCGAAAUCUUAGUGAUUCCUCUUAUGAAUUCAGCCUCAAAUAGGUCCAAGUAAGUCAUUUUUUCCAUGUUGCAGAGGUUUCCUCCAACGGGGUCGAUAACAAAACAACGUUCCUUUUCUAUUUGCAAUGCAUUCACAACUCAGGUAUCUCCAACCAUCUGGAGCUUUGUUCCUCUGUUUACGAAAUGCUUCCAUAGAUUUGUCGUGGUGACUCAGCAUUUUAGGUGACAAUGAUUGUUGUAGCUUUUCCUGCUCAUAAUAACAUGUUUUCUCCUAAGUUAAUGUCUGAUCAGCUGUGCCAGCCACUUGACUUGUAAGUGGAGAGAAAAGAAGAAAAAAAAAAACAUCGUGAUGAUCCCACCUUUUGCCAUGGGCUUGUAGCAAGCUACCAAGCGAUAUGGACGUUGGGAGAACAAAGUGACUGUCAACAAAGCUGAGUGUUCCCUGAGAAGACCCUUGACAGAACUGCAGCAGGCGAUGGAGCAGGAAUAUGUUUGAGAGGACAGUGUGUCAGGAGAAGAAGGAGGCAAGAGAACAGAAAGGAAAUGGCCACGACAUUGCUCAGUUUCUAAACCUCUGCUUCCUCUCUUCACUUGAGCCAGCCCACGACAAGCCACGGCACCCACAAGAAGGACAGAAGCCUUGAACAUCCAUCCUUCAAAGACAUUGUAACGCACCUGUUUUGUUGAACGUGUAGAAGUGCUCUAUUCCUGUCGGCACCACUGUUGGCAUUCAAAACUCUAUGCAAGCAGAUGGGAUAGGGGCACCAUGAUGUCAUUACGCUCCGCCAUUUCUCAGCAGGUUGGGUCGACUCAUAUGUGUUUGUCAUAUCAGCUACGGUCAUCGAGCAACAACUUGCACACGGGACACCAUCAUGUGACUGGAACGUCAGGUGUUCUGUUUUUGUUUUUUUGACGCGGCGCUGGAUGUUUUAGAUGAGGCCAAAGGUCAAUGUGCUCCCACAAACAAAGAGUCUCUGUCGGUGGAAAGAGCUCCUUUGCUCUCUCUCACUCCCACUACACAAUGCUCCCCUGUGCACCGCUCUUCAGAAGAAAAAGAAAUGCAUGUCAUGAUGACAGUGAUAUUGUAGCUUGAUUUUGAAAUGAUCAUUUCUUAAAUCAAGCUGGUGAAAAUGUAGGGAGUCAGUUGAAAAAUGAGAAGGUCUCUUUUGCUGCACCAUCAGGGUUACUUGGCAUCCUCCGAAGUGACUGCAAAAAUAUGCAAAACAGCAUGGACUGCAAAACUGACUGACGUCGAAUGCAAAAACACCACCACAAAAAUGCCGAUCCUAUCACUUUACUUCAGUGAGGAGGUUGGUUCAGACGGAAAGUCUUUCUAAUACCUUUUCUUUAUGCUUCAGGACCAGAAAAAAAAGUAAAAAACCACAGGAGAAUGUGCAUGAUUGAACUGCAUGAAUUCUGCUGGCUAUCUCACUGCAAGUAAUAGGGCUAAAAUUAGACAUCGAUCUGUGGAUGUAAAAGUUCUUUUCUUGUUCUAUGGAAAUCAUUGAUGAAAUAUGGAAGAUGGUGUCAAGAGAGGCUGUGCAUUCAUGUCAACAAGUGAUCUUUUUUUUUCAUGUGAACCCUGCACAUCAUCCGUAUUCUUUUCCUCCUGGCUGAGGUGAAGAUUCAACUUAUUUUCUGUAGCUAAGAAAAGAACGGUCCUAAAAUUGUAAUGGCAGCGUGUCCAUCUUGCUUCAAGCAUCAUACAUUCAGUUCUUAUUCCGGUAAAAACAUGGGGAUAUCAGUAAAUAUGGAGGUAUUUCCACUCCUAAAUGUUAAAGCUGGCUGUGAAGGACAACCGUGUCUAGGGAUAAUACUGAACAUUUCACAACACGCCGUUGGAGUAGCAGAGCCUUUUCAUGUGUCUUUCUGUUUUAGGUACUUGACCCAAGCAGAUAACAAAAUGCAUGUUAAAAGCAAAGAUUGUGAGACUAACAUUUUUCCAUGCUCACACUGGUUUACCUGGUGCUGGUGCUGCCCAGGCAAAACACUGAAUUCAGUCACAAGCACAUGGUCUCUGUGUGUAGUCAGUGGCUGAACCCAGUGAUGGAAGGAUCAUAGCGCGAACCCAACCCAACAAUGCAGAGAUUUCUAGCUUGCCACCUGCUGCACCAGGCACAGAGGCGCUGCCCCAUGACUUUGAGGACCGCAACAUGACACCACAAACAAUAAACUAACUUUUUGGGAAAAGUCGUCGUCUAGACGCUCUGUGUUUGUCAUGCAUGUGCAUCAAGACACACCUCAGCAGCAGCAGCAGUUCUCGCGGUGUCACUGCGCUGUCUGAUGAGAAUUUUGCUACAAAGAAAGAGUUUCUUUACUCCUUAUUCUUGUUUAAAAAUAUAUUAUUAUUGAUAAAAAAAAAACAACAUGAAAGUAAUGAAGAUCAAUAAAUCUCUGACCUUGAAGUUUGGAUGUGCCUAAAGUUUGCUCUGAUGCACAAAAAUAAAGUGGUUGGACAAACGCAAAAAGUUAGUUUGGAGCUCUGCGGAUCUUUGCAUUGUUCAGUUUGGAAUCAUGAGUAGUAGCUCUGCGAUCUCAAGGACAUUAUGAGCCAUGAAUGCAUGAAGCAGAAAAAAAUCAGCAUUGCCUGUGCUGAGCGGAGGAUUUCAAUGUCUUUAGCUUUAAAAACAACAAAAAAAAAACCUACAAUCUCUGAACAAAAUGUAGUUUCCCAUAAGAACGCCUCAUAAUAGCAUUGCUUGUUUGCGUUUUACCCAUCAUUCGUCAGUCCCAGGCUUUCUUUGUCAUUGCCAAAGUGCCCUUGAGCAAUAGUACCCCACAGCACAUUUAAGUAUAGAAGUUAAGACUUCCGUUUUUAUUAGUAUUUUUACUUCUGCUUGAACAUGUUUGCCUGAUAAAUAUUCAAAAUAAAAGCAAAA